AUGUCAUGUCUGUCGUUCCGCACCCUCACUAAUACGGACGAAUGCAGUCAGCAACCUUGCGAGAACGGUGGCGAAUGUGUCAAUGAAUUUGGCGGAUUUAUCUGUGAAUGUGCCGAAGGAUUCGUGGGCGAAGUCUGCGAGAUUGAUAUUGAUGAAUGUUUGAUGGAACCGUGUUCAAACGGUGGUGUCUGCGUAAACUUACAAGGAUCAUAUGAAUGCAUCUGCGACCGCGGUUUCACUGGACAGAACUGCGAAAUUGUCCUGGUUGUCGGGACCGGUCCUUCAUGCUACACGGAACUCGACGGGUCGGACUACAGAGGAGAGGUUAAUACCACUGAUCGCGGUUACCCGUGCCAGGCCUGGGCAAAUACUCAUCCGAACCGUGUCGGAGAUUUGGAGCAUUACCUUUUCCGUGACCAUUCCAACUACUGUCGUAACUACCCUGGCAGUGGAAAGUCGGGUCCAUGGUGCUACACUAAUAUAGAGGGGAUAGAAUGGGAGUAUUGCAGUGAUGUUCCCACUGUCUCUGAUAUUUGCAACGACAAGCCAUCCGUUGAAGGUAUCGUCGCAACCCCGUGGCCAUGGUUUAUAGGGGUUUGAUUUCUUCUCUUUCCCUUUCUUCUCCUUUUUCCUCC